AUGCAGGGACCGACCAGACUUCCGCCAGACUUUAUGACAGCCGCCAAGAUUUUCGGGGCAUUUCUCCAUCACUACACUGAUGAAUGGAGAUAUUCAUUGAGCGGUUCUCAAGAGCAUCCGACCAACUCAGCGGCACUUGAAUACGUACUUGAUCAGUACAAUUUUCGGAUGAGGGAUAUCAACAAAAUUAUUUUGUUUGGGUUGAGAGAUCCAGGAACGCACAGCGAACAGCGAGCCAGCUAUUACGGUCAGGCUCUGACCGAUGAUCAACAAACCGCCCAGAGGGUCAACAUAACACGACUUGGAAUCGCCCGGCACAUUCAGGAAUACAUUCGCUUGAAUUUCCCACAGAAUGGAGCAGUCAGUUUGUACGUCUGUGAGGGUUAUCUCAGCGAAUAUACCAAGGCGCGUCUUCGAGACCUAGGAGCGACCGCAUUUGUGUGGGACGGCUUACCCGACUACAUCAACCAAAACAGCCUCGUCUACGAUGUCACCAGGAACCCGGAAGUGUUUCGCAGAGACGUUGAAUUUAGCUGGGAAGGCGCCAAGGUACCACCUGCUGUCGUGCUCACGCGCAUGGAUUCUGUGGAGCCGUACGGCGAGUUGGACAAGUAA